AUGUUGGCGCCGUCAAACAGAUAUGAGCUUCACCAAAGCGCAUUGAUCAGUGCCGCCGGUCUGCCUCGCUCGGCAUACUCUUCACCAAAUACCCCGGCGUUCUGCCAUCAGCAACAGAACGCCGCUGCUCAGAGCAUGGCCUACGAGCAAGCAUCGGUGCCAGCCACGACGAUGGCUGCAUCUUCGUAUUUCCCAAAAUACCAGCCGGUGCAAUAUCCCCAGGCCCAGCCUAUCUCCUCGGACUACAUGUAUUCAUCCAUGAGCCAGCCGCUAUCACCCUACGACCAGUAUGCCAUGGCCUCGGAAGCGUAUUAUGAUACCUACCUACCUUCAGGCCUGUCCAUGGCCUACUUCCAGCAGCAAGACGCAGACAUGCUCUCAUCCGCCUUCAACGACACACCGCCAACCCACGCUCAUCUGUCUCUACCCGCCAUGGACAGCAACACCGCCUUCUCGACUCCAGACAUGCCUUCAAACCAGCAAUUCCCUGAACCAAAGACACCACCACCUCCAACCUCAUCCAGCUCCUCGUGUGAAAGCGUCAGGGACGACGACGAUCUCGUAGGCGUCGGACUCUACGAUGAACCGCUAUCCACCUCUUUCUGGGAAGAGUCGCUCUCCAGCUCGGUCGACCCAAUCCUAUACCCACACCCGCUUAUGCGCAAGGGCCUGAAGCUAGAGGAAACCCUCGACCCAUCUACCCUGAACUGCAGUGAUAUGGAUGCAGAUGGCGAUGACGAGGAGGAGGAGGAACAGAACGACCAGACUGCCAAGGACGCAGACACAACAUCAAAGUGUCACGAUUCAAACACAGCAGCCGGAUUGAAUACUCUGAAUGAUGGCCACUUGUUCCCGGUGGACGAUGCCGAAUCAUACAACCCCCAUGUGAACUGGACGGCAGCGCCGGCAGUCAUGCUUAAUAGCUUCGCAGCGUUCCCAGGGUCCUACCAAAACUUUUAUUCCACUUAUUAG